UGAGUGGUGCUGAACAUGAAGCCAACUACUGACAGCGCGUUACCUGGAUCCCGAGCCAAGUUACCGGGGACCGGGGCUGUGGGUCGGUCGCCCAAGUGGCUUCGCCCGAUGGCUCGCUCUCGUCCUCCCGAAGCGGCCCAGCUGCCCAGUGGACAACGAUCGCUGCUGCUGUUUCCCACAGAGAAAACUCGCACUCUCGCGCUCAAAGGCUCAUCAAAGAGAGCGCUCUUCAGUUGCCGCUGUUGGCAAGCAGCGGGCUUGAGACAGGGGGUCACAUAAUUUACAAAAGUCAACUUAGAAAACCAUGACGAUAUCCCUAAAGGAUGCCGUCAAAAAGCGCAUUCUGGUAGACUCGCUAAAGUCCGUUCAAACACCGGGAACAUGGAAAGUCCUCCUCGUCGACGAGCACGUGCUGCGUGUUAUGAACAGCGUCUGCGAUGUCCACGAUCUGGCCGACGUGAAUGUACCCGUGACGGAGACGCUCUCAGCACGGAAGAGGACACGAUACCCGGACAAAGAAGCCAUUUACCUCAUUUCCCCGACGAAAGAAUCUGUCGAGUUCCUGGUCAAAGACUUCAGCGGGUCAAAACCGAUGUACGCCGCAGCGCAUAUCUUCUGCAUAGCCGCCCUCCCUGACGCACUGUUCGACUACAUCAAAACCUCGAAUGUCCGGAAAUACAUCCAGGCGCUGAAGGAGAUCAACAUUGACUUUUUGCCGUUCGAGUCGCAGGUGUUUCAUUUCGAUGACAUUUCCGCGUUCUUGAAAACCCAUGAUAGGUCGGAUUUCGGGGAGGUUGAUAAGUACCUCGAUAGUGUUGCGGAUAGGAUGAAAUCCGUGCUGUCGACGAUGGAGGACUCGCCGGUGAUACGGUACUUUGAUCCGACGGGCAGCCGCGAUACAUUGUCGGCGCAUUUGGCGUUUAAGGUUCAUGAUGCCAUUGCGGAGAUGAAGGAGCUGGAUCCCACGUGGCCGCCGGAGAGCGCUUAUCCUCAGACGGAGCUGAUAAUUGUAGAUAGGACUGCGGAUCCGCUUAUCCCGUUGUUGCAUUCGCUGACGUAUCAGGCGGCUUUGCAUGAUCUGUUGCAGAUGGAUGGGUCGACUGUGACGUACACCAAAGAUGAGUCAGUGGGAAUCCAGACUGCGAUAGUGGACGAAGCGGAUUCCGUCUUUAACGAAGUCCGCGAUCUCUUCGUAGCAGAUGCCUGGAAGAAGAUCCUGCAGGCGAAAAAUGAUCUCGAUGACAGCACCUCGGACUCGGAGACCUCCUUGGACUCAUUGAAGAAGAUCGACGCACUGAAGGAGAAGCUGCUGGGGCUUCCUCAAGCGCAGAAGCGUUUCGAGAAAGUUGCCUUGCACAUUCACUUGUACGCUGAGAUCAUGCAGAACGUCAAUGAGAGGAAAAUUGGGGACCUCGCCAACAUACAACAGACCAUCGCAACGGGUGAAGAUCCAGAUGGAACGAAACGGCCACCUACUCUCCUCCAACACCUGGAACAAAUAUUAGAGGACCCAAAUUACCUCGUAGAAGACAAGCUACGCACGUUACUAACGUUCAUCCUGGGCUCAGCGGGAGCGGACCGGAGACACCUGGUCGAAGUCGGCCAGCUGAUGGCGGAGAUACCCACCUUACGAGGCCUCGAUUACAUCGGCGCCGUCCCUGGCGAGAUCGAUCCCCUCAACCCACAAUGGAGGUAUACGGAUGUGGGAAGGAGGGCGUUACGACAAAAAUCUCGUAAACGGACAAGCACCAGCGAAGAGGAACAACCGUACGAUAUCCACAGAUACGUCCCGGCCUUGAAGUACAUAUUACAGGACGCGAUAGCGGGCGAGCUGGACCCGCAAAUGUUCCCCACCACCGACGCCAACACCAACCCAGCGGCGAUGGACGAUGAGGGCAGCACCGGAGCUAGCCAGGAAAAGCAGAUUGGCCGAGGAACGCUGAUCUCGUUCAGUGGAGAGUUUCAGCCGAUGUGGGCGAGUAGGAAACCGCCAACCGGUGCGGAUGUGAAUGUGGAUUUGCGUGCGAAUGGGAGCCGGAUCAUUGUGCUGUUUGUUGAUGGGGUUACGUUCCCGGAGUUGCGGGUUGCGAGGGAGGUUAUGUCGACGUCGCAGAGGGAGGUUUAUAUAGGUUCCCCCGGCCUGCUAACGCCAUCAGUCUUUGUGUCCAGCCUCCGCGAGCUCGGAAGCCUGCCAACCCCACCCACAAAGAUGCCCGUAGUGAUGCACAAGAACCUGCUCGCGCAAAAGCCAGUGGACGGACUGAGGAGGUCUAGCCGCAUCACAGGGCCAGCGAAACGAGCAUCGGUUGCGUCUCCUGGUGCCAUUACAGCUCCACCUCCGGAAAGUGAAGCUAUCCUCCAGCAGCAGCGGUUGGAGGAGAAGCCGUUACCGGCGCUGGCGCUGCCUUCGGAGCGGACGGCGGUUCCUGUACAGGCACCCGCAAGAGUUUCCGAACUAGUACCGGUUCAAAGAAGCAUCGCGCCAAACCCACAGUUGGUUCAGCCAAACGUAUCGUCGGAAAAGCGCGAAGCCUCCGACUCCAAACCGCGGAACUCAAUCGAUUCCCCAUCCGACGGAUCCCGUCGCAGCUCCUCACAAUCCUUCCAAGCAAGCAUACCCACCGCCAAGGACGAAAGCUUUGACCACAACGCGAGGCGUUCGAUCGAUUCAGGCUCCGAUGGAUCUCGUCGGAGCUCCGCACAGUUCGUUCAGCCGAGCAUACCCCAGCAGCAGUCACGGCGGUCGAUCGAUGUGCAGUCGGAUGGAUCUCCUCGUGGCGCGGAAGUGCGGGCACCUACGCCUACAACGCAAGGUGAACAGCAGGCUGGGUCUCGUCGUACCUCUGAAGCCCUAGCCCCCGCGCCGGAACAGCAAGCAGCGAGCCUUGAAAUCACGGCGUCACAGGAUUCAAGCACGCCACUGGCUAGGUUACCCGGCCGCGAGGGCGGCAAUGCAGGUGCACCGACAAGGUCUUUGUUUCAUAAUCGCCGCCCCUCGCGGCCUGCGCCGGGUGAGACAUCUGCGCCGAUGCAGCGGCAGCAUUCUGGACCCGCGCCCGGUUUGUCCGCGCCAGUGUCCCCGCCCCGACGGGAGUCGAAUGGACAUAUGAAUGUUGGGUCGGGGGUGCCGCUACAGCAGGGGAGGCGGGGUUCUGAUGCUACGGGGAUGCCGCAAGCUGAGCAGCAGAGGGACGCGCAGGGUGUCGUGCCUCCGGCGUACCCGUACACUGCACAGCAAACCCGCCCAAUCGAUAUGGCUGUGCCUGCGUCCCGUCCUGUCCCGCAACCAGAUUCGGCGCCGGCUUCAACGUACCCCUCUCUAUCCCAGCCACAACAAGCAGUCCAAUCACAACGCCCUGUAUCCGCGGGCAAUCGACCCGCAGCUGUGGUUCCGGAAAUCAUCUCGCCGCAAUCGGUAUACACGCCACCCAUGUACGUCCCGCCUACCACCCAGAUUGGGGUCCCGCCACCCCGCAACAAGUCCCGCGGACAACCCAUCGUCCCACCUCCAUCACUGGUCCAGCGGCCUGGUGCGAACAUUUCGCCUCCGAAGCCCGACCCGAAUCGCCAGAGUUUGGGUGCGCAGGGUAGGCCACUUGAUGGUGCACAGCGGCCCCCUGCGCCUCUAACAAGCGCCAAACCGGAGACCUCCAGACCAACACAAGCCGCUUCACAGCGUCCCUCAUCCGCUGCAAAUCAAAGUAACGAGCGCCCGCACCCCUCCACGUCCCGCCAAAGCCUCGAGGAAAGGCAACCCAUCCCACAAUACCCAGCCGCGCCGAGAUCAGACAGUCCCGAGGACCCGGACAUGAAAGCAGCCAUUGCGGCUAGUCUGGCUGAGUUGGCGAAGGAGAGGGAGAUGGAGAGGCUUAGGUAUGAGGAGUUGGCGGCGGCGAGGGCGGGGCAGGGCCAGACGUAUGCGGUGGCGGGGGAGAAACGUCAGUAUCACCAGCAGCAGCAGCAGCAGCAGCAGCAGCAACAUCAACAUCAACAGCAGCAGCAACCGCAACAUCACCAGCAUCAACAUGUACAUUUCCCCGCCGCAAACUCAUCACCCGCAUCCCAAUCCCCUACACCAUACGGAACCUUCGCGCCAUCAACCGCACCCCACCAAGCCUACCCACAAUACCAGCCGCCCCAACACCCGCCAGCCCCCUCACACCCCUCCACAGGCUACACCGCGCCAUCCCACUCAGGCCCCUACACCAACGCACACAUCUCUCCUCAAAUCCCCCACUCAUCACCACAUCCCUCCACCGCCCCCGCACCCAUCCCCUUCUCCUCUCGCCCGCUGUACAGACAGGGCGCGUAUCGACAGGCGUCGCGGCCUGGUCAAUCGGACAUGCCCAGUGAUGCAUCGUAUGGAAGGGAUUACGCCACAUCCCCGUCAAUGGGCCUGAGUCCACCGGCACCCACCUACCUGGCACCCUAUACACAGCCGUCGUCCGACAGUAUCCAGUCGCCGGCGUAUUACCCCGCCCAUACGUUCUCGUCCGCGCCGGCGUAUCAGGGGCAUCAGAUGCAGUAUCACCAGGGGCAGUAUCACCAGGGGCAGGGGAAUCGGUCGCCGCCGAGGCAGGCGAAUGGGCCGCCGCCGGGCGCGUUUCAGGGUGGGGGGCAGCAGCAUCCGGGGCAGGAGAGGCCGAGGUAGCCGUGGGGGGAUUGUAGAGUCUCAGGAAAUUUGGGUACGUUGUGUAGUCAGGCGUAGGUUUCUUUGAGGUAGAAUCUGGGCGGGACGUGGUCCCCGAGAAGUGUAGACGUAUCCAGCAACGGAAGUAUAGAUAGUAAUGGCAAAUGCAGCAUGGAUGU